CCCAACACACCCGGCACCAGGGCUAGACUUGGAUACCAGUCUGCGACAUGGAUAAGUAUGAUGACCUGGGCCUGGAGGCCAGUAAAUUCAUCGAGGACUUGAACAUGUAUGAGGCCUCCAAGGAUGGCCUCUUCCGAGUGGACAAGGGUGCAGGCAACAACCCUGAGUUUGAGGAAACACGCAGAGUGUUUGCCACCAAGAUGGCUAAAAUCCACCUCCAGCAGCAGCAACAGCUUCUGCAGGAGGAGACCCUGCCCAGGGGGAGCAGAGGUCCUGUCAACGGUGGGGGCCGCCUGGGCUCGCUGGCUCACCGGGAGGCUGGUAUGGGCAGCAAACUGACCGCGGAUGGUGCUGCCAAGCCCCCUAUUGCUGCCUCAACAGGGGCACCUGGGGCAGCCAUCACCACUGCUGCUGGGCAGCCCUCGUACCCGUCCCAGGAGCAGAAGUCCAGGCCAUAUGUCCAUGGUACAAGGCGCAGCAGCCAGGACUGUGGUUCCAGGGAGACCCUGGCAAGUUCCGAGAUGUCUGCUUUCCACCAGCAAGGACCCUGCGAGGAUCCUUCCUGCCUCACUCAUGGAGACUAUUACGACAACCUUUCUUUGGCAAGCCCAAAGUGGUGUGACAAACCAGAAGCGUCCCCCAGGGUCAGCCUGGGUGUAGAGAGUGGAUGGCCUGGUACCCUGGGAGGUGACCCACCACUGCCCAAACCCUGCAGGGACCAUCACCUGUACCAGCCACAGCCCCUGAGCUCCAUCAGGUCUUUUGAGGGUGGCUUCAGUGGUCAGGAUAGUGGCACUGGUGGCCGCAGCAGCGAGAAGCUAGCAGGCCUUUGGUCCACUGCCUCCUCCCAGCGUGUGGGCCCUGGCCUGCCUUCCCCAGGUUUGGAGAAUGGAGGCCCAGCCCUGGGGCCCGCUCACCCCAGGACCCAUUUUGUGGCAGCACCCAUCGCCCUGAACUGCCCCAGUCAGGGAGCUCUUCCAAGAACAAACUCAGCACUGGUGAGUGAGGUUUCAGAUGCGAUGGCCAAACCCACUGUGGACCCUCAACCCUGGUUCCAGGAUGGUCCCAAAUCUUUCCUUUCCAGUUCUGCCCUGUCAUCCUCAUCAGGCGGCAUGGACAGUUCACAGCCAAGUGCGGUCUCUGGGCUGGGGCCUAAGCCUGGCUGCACAGACCUUGGCACUGGUCCCAAGCUCAGCCCCACCAGCCUUGUCCAUCCAGUGAUGUCCUCCCCACCUGAGUUAUCUUGUAAAGAAGGUCCCCCGGGCUGGUCCCCUGACAGUAGUCUCGGACCUGUGCCAGAGAGCCCUAACUCUCCCAGGGUGAGGCUGCCCUGCCAGACCCUCAUUCCAGGUCCUGAACUCAGACCCUCGGCCGCUGAAUUGAAAUUAGAAGCCCUCACCCAGCGUCUGGAGCAAGAGAUGGAUGCUCACCCGAAGGCCGAUUACUUUGGAGCCUGUGUGAAAUGCAGCAAAGGGGUGUUUGGGGCCGGCCAGGCCUGCCAGGCCAUGGGGAACCUCUACCAUGACACAUGCUUCACCUGUGCAGCCUGCAGCCGGAAGCUGAGAGGAAAAGCCUUUUAUUUUGUCAACGGCAAAGUGUUUUGUGAGGAAGACUUCCUGUACUCUGGUUUCCAGCAGUCUGCUGACAGGUGUUUUCUUUGUGGACAUCUGAUCAUGGAUAUGAUUUUGCAGGCCCUGGGGAAGUCCUACCACCCCGGUUGUUUCCGCUGUGUCAUCUGCAACGAGUGUUUGGAUGGAGUGCCCUUCACUGUAGAUUCAGAGAACAAGAUCUACUGUGUCCGAGAUUACCACAAGGUGUUGGCCCCCAAGUGUGCAGCCUGUGGGCUUCCCAUCCUUCCACCUGAGGGCUCAGAUGAGACUAUCCGUGUCGUGUCUAUGGACAGAGACUACCAUGUGGAGUGUUACCACUGUGAGGACUGUGGUCUGGAGCUCAACGAUGAAGAUGGUCACCGCUGCUAUCCAUUGGAGGACCACCUGUUCUGUCACUCCUGCCAUGUCAAGAGACUGGAGAAAGGCCCCUCAUCUGCAGCCCUUCACCAGCACCAUUUCUAGCCAGAGCCACUGGCAGACCUCAUAGCAGAGGAUGAGGAGCCAGGGACAUACCGAUUACUUCUCGUGGUCACUGGGGUGGAAGUGGGGUUGAGGAAGAGG